UUAUCCACCUGCAUAAAAGUGACCAGCCCUUCCCAAGAGGUAAAGAUCACCUGGAGAGAAGUCGCAGGAGCAGUCCGAGAGCACCCAGGAACAGGACAUGAAGGCCCGGUGUGCUUCCCUCUGCCUGAGUGCAGUGCUUAUCCUGUGCUCAGUGCACGCCCGAAGUCUCAGGAGAUGUCUGAUUUCCGUGGACAUGCGCCUUAUAGAAGAGAGUUUCAGAGAAAUCAAAAAAGACAUGCAAGCUAAGGACACCUUCCAAAAUGUCACCAUCUUGUCCACAUCAGAGACCCUGCAUGGCAUUAAGCCGUUGGACGUGUGCUGUGUGACAAAGAACCUCCUGGCGUUUUACGUGGACAGGGUGUUCAAGGACCAUCAGGAGCUGAACCCUCAAAUCUUGAGAAAAAUCAGCAGCAUUGCCAACUCUUUCCUCUACAUGCAGAAAACUCUGCAACAGUGUGAGCAGAGGCUGUGUCGCUGCAGGCCGGAAGUCACCAAUGCCACCAGAAUCAUCCAUGACAACUACAAUCAGCUGGAGGUCCGAUCCGCUGCCAUUAAGUCUCUGGGAGAGCUGGACGUCUUUCUAGCCUGGAUUGACAAGAACCAUCAAGGAUCUUCAGCUGAUGGACGACAAGGAACCUCAUUAGGCAGGGAGAACAGCCCCUGAGAGGUUCCCUCAGAUGCACCUGAUUUUGAAGGGGAGGGGCAUGGGGAGGGCCCUAUAUUUAUGCAGAUGAGGGUCUUUGGGCCGAUGCCCCUCAGCUGCUUUGGAAUUCUCUCCGCUAGGCUCAGGUGUGGUCGGGGACCAUCUAGGUUUGAGCUCACCCUGCAGCUGGAAAUCCCACUGGCUGGGCCCGGGCUGUCUGAUCCCACUUGAAAGUGAUCAAAUUAUUUACUCUUAUGUUUAUAAUGAAAUAUGUCUGUUGAAAGGUCCUGUGGGCCAUCUCGGCAGAAAGGGGCCGGCUUCCCCGCUAACUUAUUGUCGAGUUUAUCCCAUGUCUCUGAUGUGAGCUGAGUGAAAUGCCGUAGUGCAUAUUGUACUGAAUGAUUUUUCCAAAUAAACACUGUUCUUUAC